CAUUGAUCUCUUUUCCCCCAAUCUCCAUACUUCGACCUUUCCAUCCAUUUUUUUUAAAAAAAAUAGGAACAGAACAGGAAAGGAACUAAACACCCAUACCUCGAAUUGCCAGCCCCAAAAAUGUCCACCACCCCCCUUCCCUCCAAAUUCGGUCUCAUCCUCUUUCCUGGCUUCCAACUCCUCGACGUCGCAGGCCCUCUCGAUGCCUUCAACAUUCUCGGCUACACCCAUAACAUUUCCCUCAGCAUCCUCGCCGCAACCCUCGAUCCAGUCUCCACCCACAACACCAUGCACGUCCAGCAAGGCUCGCAAAUAUCCCAGUCACUCGUGCCAACCCACACGUUUGACUCCGCACCCGAAGAUCUCGAUGUCCUGCUUAUCCCUGGUGGAAUGGGGUCGCGGGGCGAGGGCAGCGAGGAGCGCAUGGGGCCUCUUAUUGAGUAUCUAAAGAAGCUGGAUCUGAGUGGGCAGGGUAAGUUGAAGUGGGUGCUUACGGUUUGUACCGGUAGUGAGAUUUUGGCGAGGACUGGGGCGUUGGAUGGACGGAGGGCUACGUCGAAUAAACGGGCUUUUAAUAAUGUCAAGGCUCUGCAUCCUAAUGUGGAUUGGGUGGCUAAAGCGCGGUGGGUGGUUGAUGGUAAUAUAUGGACUAGCUCUGGUAUCUCGGCUGGCACGGAUUUGGCGUUUGCGUGGAUUGCGGAGGUUUUUGGGGAGGACGUGGCACAGACGAUUGCGGAUCGGAGUGAGUAUGAGAGGAAUCGGGACCCCGGGAAUGAUCGGUAUGCGGAGCUUUGGAAAGCGGUUUGAGUGGAGAGGGGAUGGAUGUAUGGGAAAUGAUUAAUGUUAUGCUUGUAUGCGAUAUCAACUCUACUCUACUUCUGUUUACUAUCUUGGCCUAUGUACAAUAUGUAUAUACGGUGUUGAUAUACUACUUCUUAUUUUAAGUGAUCG